UGAAAGUUAGCUUAUGUAACGGUGUUCAGUUCUGUUUAUUCUGAUUCUUCAAUCAUGAGCUUAUGUCAAUCGUCGUAGUAAGCGAAAACUAUGGGUACGACAGCUAUGGAUAUGGAUUUAAAUCGAGUCAAGCGUAUGGUAAAGGAUUUUUCAGCUGGUGCUAUGGGCGGUACAGCAUGUGUACUAGCCGGUCAGCCAUUCGACACUAUCAAGGUCAAAAUGCAGACUUUUCCAAGYCUAUUUAGGAACGCUUUUGAUUGYGGAAUGAAGACUUUUARACAAGAAGGAGUUUUUAGAGGACUAUAUGCUGGAACAGUUCCUUCACUGGCGGCCAAUAUUGCCGAGAACUCGUUCUUAUUCUUGUUUUAUGGACAAUGUGUAAUGGCAGUUAAAAAAUUGACCGGCGCCAAAGACGAGAAAGACUUAACAGUAUUUCACAGAGCAUGUGCCGGAAGUGGAGCUGCAUUUUUCACCUCCUUUGCCCUAUGUCCAGCAGAACUGAUAAAAUGCCGCCUUCAGGCCCAACAUCAAAUGAAUUCCAUGGCUGGGAACAAUGUCAAUAAAAGUGGAGUUGUAAAAGUUACAAUGGAUAUUGUGAAGCAAGAAGGGUUUUUGGGUCUGUUUCGUGGCAUGACAAGUACCUGGGCAAGGGAGGUACCUGGUUACUUUUUCUUCUUUGGUGGUUAUGAAUUCAGUCGGUACAUGAUGACACCAAAGGGGGGAGAUGUAGAUGAUAUGGUGACCAAUCCAUUCAAAAUGAUACUGGCAGGUGGGUUUGCAGGAACUGCAUUAUGGACAGCAAUUUUUCCAGCUGAUGUUGUCAAAUCUCGGAUUCAGAUUUUUAGUUCAGGAACUGAAAAAGCUCCAGGAUUUUUUGUAACCUUACUUCAUGUCUACAGAACAGAAGGUUUUAGAGCUCUKUAUAAAGGCUUAGGACCAACUAUUAUCAGAUGUUUUCCUGCCAAUGGGGCUUUAUUCAUGGCUUAUGAAGGAACCCAGAAACUGCUGAAAGAUGUUUGAUAUUACUAAAGUAUUUCAUAAAAUGUGCACAUUCAUUUUAGAUCCUUUACAAUGUAAAAUGUAAUUUUUAGGGAAAAUAAUUUUUCCAACAUAGUAUUGCUACAAUAUUUUGUUAUUUUUAAGUWAUGUUAAUGAGUGGACUUUAUAUAUUUAUAAGAGUGUGAAUUAGCCCUAAAAGGGAUUGGGAAGGGCAGAAUAGUGAAUGAACAGUGGUUUAAAUAACCAUAUAUUUAUUUUACAUGUCCGUAAAAUUGACUGACACCUAUUUAUCAUUUCACUAAUUUUAAUUAAUAAUUUAUAGCAAGAAUUUAGCCAAAGAAGUUUUAAAAUUCAAUUAAAAUUCAUAGUCAUAACAUAUAAGUUUGUAUUUUAUAUGAAUUUUGAUGUGGUUAUUAACUAUUUAAGAAACCAUUUUUAAAAUAUAAAUCCAAAGUGCUAAAAACGUAGCCAUUCAAACAAACAAAAAAAUGCUUUGAAGCGCAAAGGAACAUGGAGAACAUAAUUAACAACUAACUUAGCUAUUGUUUGUUGAAAAAAUAACAGUCUUGUGAAGGCAUGUAUAACAAUGUCAAUGAUAAUUUAUGCUAACAUAUAUCAUUAUAUCAGGUGCAUCAAGGGAAAUGUCAUGUGAUAUCAUUAUUCACUCUUUUCUCGUUUAGUCCUGAGAAGUGGAGACUUGUGGGUCCCCAUUUUUCAAUGGUCAAUGCCAUUUCAAAACUUAUAUAUAGUCUGAUAUACUUACUUCACACUAGUUUACCGCUAGUCCACACCAUUUUAAUACUAAUAUUAGUGAUUAUAUAGGAAUGUAAUAAAAAAUGAAUAAAGUUAAACUGGAAACUUGA